GAGCGCCCGGCCCCACAGGCCGGCAGUGCCGGGGAGGCGGCAUGGGGAAGAGCUGCAAGGUGGUUGUGUGCGGGCAGGCCUCGGUAGGGAAAACCUCCAUCCUGGAGCAGCUCCUGUACGGGAACCAUGUGGUUGGCUCCGAGAUGAUCGAGACCCAGGAGGACAUCUACGUGGGCUCCAUUGAGACAGACCGCGGGGUGCGGGAGCAGGUCCGCUUCUAUGACACGCGGGGCCUGCGGGACGGGCUGGAGCUGCCCAAGCACUGCUUCUCCUGCACGGACGGCUACGUGCUGGUGUACAGCACGGACAGCAAGGAGUCCUUCAAGCGAGUGGAGCUGCUCAAGAAGGAGAUCGACAAGUGCAAAGACAAGAAGGAGGUCACCAUCGUGGUGCUGGGCAACAAGUGCGACCUGCAGGAGCAGCGCCGUGUGGACCAUGACACAGCCCAGCACUGGGCCAAGGGCGAGAAGGUGAAGCUGUGGGAGGUGUCUGUGGCCGACCGGCGCACGCUGAUCGAGCCCUUCAUCUACCUGGCCAGUAAGAUGACGCAGCCACAAAGCAAGUCUGCUUUUCCCCUGAGCCGCAAGAACAAGGGCAGUGGGUCCAUGGAUGGCUGAGCCUUGUUUUCCCUUCUCUUCCACUGCCACCUCCUCUCCUUCAUCCCCUUCUUCCCUUGCACAUACCUGCUGCUGAGCCUGCUUGGUGUCACAGAGCCUGCAGCAAGCACAGUGGCACAAGGAACAUGCAUCCCAGGGCUGGGGAUGGCCUUCGAGGAUGAGAGAGGAGCCAUCUCCCUGCACUGGGACAGGGCCUGCUCUCUGCACAUCCCUCCCGUGCAGGUGUUGGAGGCGGCACAGGAAAGCCAGGCUUCACGGAGGGAUGCUCCAUGGGUACCAUAGGCUGCUGAUGGAGCAGAGCACGGGCUGGCCGGCAGGUGGGGAUCGCAGCCGGCCUGAGGACGCAAUCCCCUCCCUUGAGAGGCUCUGGUUUGUUUUACUGAUACCAUGCGAGAAGAGCCCGUUUGCUGGCCCUGCCUCCGGCUCCACCCCAGCCAGCUCUGUGGUGUUCCCCGGCAGAUCGCCACUUACCCGUCAGUGCCCACUGCUCCUCUACAUGCAGGACUAUUCAGGCAUCCUGCCCAGUGGGUGCCCAGUGCAGGGCAAGAUGCUGUUCCCGAUGGCAGGGUGCUCACAUCCACCACGCUGCAUGCUGAGUGCAGGCUCAGUCAUGACCUUGGCAAAGCUGGGACUGUGCUUUGCCUGCACACCUUGGUGCUUGGGGCUCUCACUGCCCAUCCCUCACGGUGCUCACUCACCUCAGAACCACCACAAGACAAGGCAAAGGGGGCCUGGUCCUGCCCAGCAACACGUGUUCCCUUCAGCAAGCGUGGAUGGAGGGAAACACCAGUGACAGGAGCAUGCUGGCUUGUCUGUACUUGUUCCUUUUAUUGACUGAGUAACACAAUAAAGCCAUGAGCUUCAGUUAUCAAAA